UUAUGUCCGUGUGUCGAUUGGUCGGGUCUGGCUCUAGCUUUCACACCGGAAGAGAGAGAGAAGCUACGAGGUAGUAUGCAAGAUGGUGGCCACCAGGAGAGGAGUACGCGUGUACUCCCCAGCUCAAACAAACUCGGACCAACCCUCUGAUGUCCCGGCCACUCCUUCCACUGGUCGAAGAACCAGGAGUAAUGCUAAACAAGCAGAGAGCCCUACCCAGCAUGCCCAGGUGGAGACCAGCAGCCAGCUUGAAAAAAGCGAGGGAGGACCCCAGGCAUCUCCACCGGCCUCUGCACUGAAAAGAUGCACCAGAGCUUCCCGACUCCACAGUCCAGAGCUGCCAUGCACACCUGUGGGCUCCACCCACGAAGCGGACGUGUCAGAUGUGGAGUCAUGCACCUCUGUGGUCGAGAUCAAACUACCAAUGACACGCACCCGUGGGAGAAGGGGUCAGCCCUGCACAGUAAGUCAGGAAGAUGAGGACAUAUCUGAGGUGGAGUCAUGCUGUUCUGCAGUAUCUGCAUCAAAAGCUAGCCAAAGUAGCCGCCGGAGCACAAGGAGGAAGGCAAUUCCUAAAAGCCUUGACCCAUCUCAUGUUGAGGAGAGGGACGUCAAGCUCGACUUGGGACUGGAGACCGAGUCCUGCAGCUCUGUAGUGUCUGAUUCCCAGAGGGUCACCAGAAGUCAAAGAAGAACUACUCGCACCAGAUCAUCUGCCAAACAACAAACUGAGGAUUCAGAGUUCUCAGAUGCUGACAGCAUCGCAGGAGCUGAAGUUUCUAAGUCCACCACACGCAGAGCUACGAGAUCCAAAAGGCAAACAUGUCCCAUUCCCAUCUACCUUGGCGAAGGCUCAGAAAGCUCUCAGUCCCCUGCCCCCAGAGCUCGAAGGAGCCGUGCAGCUCCAGGGAAGGCAGCAGCUUCUGCAGAUGUCAGUGAGCCCCAGUCUUGUGAGUCUGAAGGCCAUGAGUCCGGGUCCACUUACAGUCACAGCUACGUGACUCGUAGACGGGGAAAGACCCAAUCCCCCAGUCCCAAAGCCAUAGACUCCGACUCAGUACCGACCGACGUGCAGUCUCCGAUGGGCAGCGCCUGCUCCACACAGAGCGGAGGGACUCCCUGCAGCAGCCGCACAGGCUCGGGGAGCAGCAGUCGAGGUGCUUGGACGACCAGGAGCUCAGUCAAGGCCUGUAGUAUUGUUCUUGAAAAAGCUACAGAGCCAGCUGAGGAGGACACUUCUUUAAAUGAUUCUAGACUAGAAAGUACAGUGAUCUUUGAGGAUGCAGAUUCCACACUGUUAGAGGAAGAUGUGAACCAAACAUUGGAAGAAAAAGAGAAAGAAGGUUUGAAUAGUACUGCUCUCACAUCAAAUAAAGCACAUACAAGGAGCAUGGAAAAGGAAGUAAUUACUUCAGAGGAAAACUCCACCCAUGUGUCUCCCCUGGUAUCAGACAGUCCUGGCUGUGCUGAGGAAGCCGUUAGUAAACCUGCAGUUACCUUCAGACGCCAGCAGGAGGAGAUGUGUGCUAAGAACAAGGACAGGAACAUCUCAGAGAUGGAAAUGAUACAGGAAGUAAUUGCACCAUCAGAAGCGUUAAAGCCUGGCCAAUCAGUUACAGAAACAGUAUGUGAGAGCGCUUCUGAAAUCCCACAGAAGACUGAAGAGAAGGAUGAAGCUAUGGAAGUAGCAUAUGUGGACACCCACUCAUCACAGGGAGCUGAGGCUGUGGAUGAGGAUGCUGUUGUGGAAAGCGGGCCCAGUGAGCAGGAGAAAAUGGAAGACGCUCAGCAGGUGGCGGACUCCAGUGAGGUCCGAGUUAAGUCCAUUCAAGUGGCAUCCAGCCAGCAGCACAAUGUCACAGUGGAUUCUGACCCAGAACAGCAACCUCAAGACGUCAUUGUGGAGAAUGCAAAAAAACUCACCCUGCUGGAGAGCAGCGAGGAUGAAGAUGUUGAAGAAGAGGAGGAUUUGGGUUACCGGGCAGAGGAGAGAGCAGGCCUUACCCAGAAGUGUGAAGCGGCAGCUGCUGCAUCAGUUGAUGGACUGUUUAUGAUUGACACGCGGCCAGGACAGGAGGCCGAUGACCAGUACUACAAGGAAAAGCCAACAGAGGAGGAGAAAGCCCAAAGGGAAGAGAGAGUUGAGCAGGAGGAGCAAGAUGAGGAGUUUGUGGAUGAGGAUGGGGAGGAUGAUGAUGAUGAAGAUGCAGAAAUCCUCUUCUCUUGUAGAAAUCCUCAGUUGAAAGAGUUGUCCAGCCGUAUUGACCCUGGCAUCAGAGUGAAGGAGCUCGGGGGUUUAUACAUCAAUUUUGAUGGCAGCAAAUCAAAACCUGUCUCCAGUUCGCUGCAAAAACUAAAGGAAAAGAAGAUCCAAGAUGAGGUGAUGAAGAAAAGUGUGAUGGGACCAGACUUUGAAAAGAAGGAUGCAGUGCCUCCGUACUGUGAAUCCAAACAAGCCCAAAAGCUGAAACGCAGAACGGAGAGGGAGAAAUCAACAGGAGAUGGUUGGUUUAAUAUGAAAGCCCCCGAGAUCACUCAGGAGCUGAAAGGAGACCUCAAAGUCCUGAAGAUGAGAGGCUCCAUGGAUCCUAAGAGGUUCUACAAAAAGAACGACAGGGAUGGCUUUCCCAAAUAUUUUCAGGUUGGUACGGUGGUGGACAGCGCAAUCGACUUCUAUCAUUCCCGUGUUCCCAAGAAGAGCAGGAAGAGAACCAUGGUGGAGGAGCUGCUAUCUGACGCUGAGUUCAGACAGAACAACAAAAAGAAGUACCAGCACAUUGUGACAGAGAAAGCAGCACAUGGAGCCGGCAAGAGGAACAAGAAGAAGAAUAAAUUCCAUAAGAAAUGAAUCUUGAUGUGAUGAACACUCUAAAUGGCUUUUCCUAGUAUUAUGUAAUAACUGCAGGAAGUGGGUUGCCAUUGAAUGCUAUUAAAUAGUAAAUAUUUCCAAUUAAAACAAACUUUUUUUUAAUCAAAUGGACCUGUAUCAUAUAAACAUUUUGCUGCACAGUAAUCAUAGUAUUUCAUACAUGCAAAAUGAACAUUAAAAUAUUUUCUUGCGAUGACUGGUACCAAUGUUUGUAAAGGUUCUCGUAAAUUAAACUCAUCACAUCA